AUGGACAAUUAUUUUUUUCACGGCCCGGUUCGAAAAAUGUUAGAUGGGCUUUGCUGGGCUUUAAAGAUACGCACGUUAUACAGCUUCGACAAGAUGGACAGGGAGUCAGCUGUCGCCACUGACCUGCUAGGUUGCUACACCCUGCACGCGCCCCGGCCGUUUAACCAGAUCGCCCCUGCCCUCCCCGACGGCGCCGAGCUCGCCCUCCAUCCCCGCCCAAGUUCGCCCUAUCCCGGUGCCUCGAACUCGUCGUCCUCGCUCCCGUGGUCGCCACUGGGAAGCAUGAGGAGGCGGCCUGGGAUCGCUGGCUUGGAGUAUGCGGCGGUUACUCGCAACCAGUUCCGGCUGGUCGGGGAGAAUGUGGCCAAUGUCAGGACCGAUGUCAUGGAGGAGCAGCUUGCGACGUUUCGGCCACAGCUCGAGGAAUUUACUUGCACGCAUAAGAAAGCAUCCUUCUCUACUGUGGGGUUCGACCUGCCUGGCUGGUUCAGGAACCCGAAGGAUGGUGAUCCUUGGUCCAGGUUGGACGGCAAUGGCGAUGAUGACUUUGUGCUCCCAGCCAAAUCAGACUUCUCAGAAGAACAAGGCUGCUCUGCUACCGGUGGAGGAUCCAGACCACUGUCGAUCCAUGCCAGCUGCCCUGCAUCCCAUGAAGACGCCGAAUUUGAGGCCGACGUGGAUGAGGUCAGCCGGAUUUUGAGAUCACGGUUUGCUUCUCCAGAGGCCAUUGUGAUCGCCAUGGACUGCUGCCCUGUCAGGGUGUCAGCACGCCUUGUCAACAAGGUCCUGAGCAGGUUCAGCAAUGAUUGGGUGGCCGCAUUUGGGUUCUUCACGUGGGCGGGAACUCAGGCAGGCUACUGUCAUUCUGCUGAUUUAUAUGACAUGAUGGUAGACAUAUUGGGCAAGUUCAAGCAGUUUGAUUUGAUGUGCGGUCUGAUCAGCCAGAUGCAUGAGAUUGGGGGGUUGGUGUCGCUAGCGACCAUGACGAAGGUGAUGAGGAGGCUCUGUGGGGCCAACCGAUGGAGUGACGCCAUUGAUGCUUUCCAUAAAAUGGACCGCUUUGGGGUGGCGAAGGACACAAAGGCCAUGAAUGUGCUCUUGGACACAUUGUGCAAGGAGAGGAGUGUGAAGCGUGCAAGAGGUGCCUUCCAAGCUUUGAAGGGGACAAUUCCUCCCGAUGAGAGUAGCUUCAACACAUUGGUUCAUGGCUGGUGCAAAGCGAGGAUGCUGAAGGAGGCUUGUGAAACGAUGAAGGAGAUGGAGCGGCAUGGUUUCAGUCCUUCAGUAAUAACUUACACCAGCUUGAUAGAAGCGUACUGCAUGGAGAAAGAUUUUCAGACGGUUGAUGAUAUCUUGGAUGAGAUGCACACAAAAGGAUGCCCUCCAAAUAUUAUCACAUACACAAUUGUGAUGCACGCGCUAGGGAAGGCUGGGAGGACACAAGAAGCUCUGGAUACUUUUGACAAGGUGAAGCAAGAUGGCUGUGCCCUAGAUGCUUCCUUCUACAACUCUCUGAUAUACAUACUCUGCAGAUCUGGGAGGUUGCAAGAUGCAAAUUUUGUGGUCGAAGAAAUGCACCGAACCAGAAUAUCCCCAAACUUGAAUACCUUUAACACCCUGAUUUCUGCUGCCUGUGAUCACUCUCAGGCUGAGAAUGCACUUAAACUGUUGGUUCAGAUGGAGGAACAGUCAUGCAAGCCAGACAUCAAGACGUACACCCCCUUGCUGAAGCUAUGCUGCAGAAGGCAAUGGGUGAAGACGCUUCUGUUCCUGAUAUGCCAUAUGUUCCGGAAGGACAUCACCCCUGAUUUCAGCACAUACACGUUGCUGGUGAGCUGGCUAUGCCGGAACGGGAGGCUCACCCAGUCCUGCUUAUUCUUGGAGGAGAUGGUGCUGAAGGGCUUUGCUCCACAGCAGGAGACCUUUGAUCUUGUGCUGGACAAGCUUAAGAAGAUGGACAUGCUUUCAGCAGUGAGAAAGAUUCAGCUUCUCAGGAUGCAAACAGAAGGUACUAGGUGUAGGAGCGGUGUUCCAUCUUAUUUGAGAGAGGAUGGUCACGGUAGACAGUGUUAUGCUGUAUUGUCAAACACUAGUGAAGCUGAAUCUUGGAAUAGAUGA